UCUGUUUUUAAUUUGUGCUUAAUUGACCUUUAAUGAUAAAAUCAUCCAUUUUGCGUAACAGUGUAGAGACAAUGUAUUUGCAGUUACAGGAGCUUGUUUGUCACAAUGGCAAGUCUCUGUUACAUGAGGAGGCUUUGGGACACAACACAAGUAUACCGGCUUCUUAGAGUUGCAAGCCAGCACAGAUCUGCACAACAGUUGCAACACCAAAAGGUAUUUGUGAAAUUAAGAAUGGACAGUAUGUUGUACAGCUGGUGCAAAUGAAGGGGUUGAUGUCACUGGAGUGCAGUAAACAACAAAAAUGUAAAAUUUGAUAGGCAUUGAAGUAGUGUUGGUCAGAUUUUGGUGCUUAGUUCAGGACAGGAGAAGUAAAGUAAAAUUAUACCUAUGUUAAAAACAAUAAACAGUUAUUCUGUGGCGGUCAAACUGAUCAGAUAAGUGCAGAGUUUAUGUUGGAUUAUAAAAAAUGUAAGAUCAGGUGUUUUCAGGAGUUUGACUCAGUGAGAAUUUAAAAAGAUCUUACAUUGGACAAAAGUUCAGAAAGUGGAGGCACAAGCACAGUAAGAGAUUAUUUGUCAAAGGUAAUCUCCAAAAGUCUAUCAACAAUGCAGAGAGAAUGAGAAAUGCUAAAACGAGAACAAGAUUAGAAGAAGAUUCAAAGCUCAACUUGAUUUUGGUCAGUCACUAAACACUGUGAUCUUGCUAACCCCGACCUGACACACAUAUUUAAAAGUACUGAGAAGAUGAGUAGGGGAGAGUGGGGUAAGAUGAACCAUUUUUCAUAUUUCGGAUCACUACAUCAAGGCAAUCAUAGUUUGAUCUCUAACGAGUGUAUCUGCAUAUAUUUCAAGAUGUUGUGCAUCCCUGCGAACCAACAGAAUGAGUGUAAACAUAACUGUCUUUAUAAUAUAGUAUGCCAAAAAAGGGGUCCUCUAAGCUGAAAUGGUGGACUUUUAUGCUAGGUUUUGGACCUCAUGUUGUAGCUCAUAGAUACCACAAUUCAUGUAUAAAACAAAUUUAAAAUAAUCUUUUUUCUUUUUUGUCUGAACACAAUUUUAAUAAAACUUAUGACAGACUAAUUUAACUUUCAAGAGUGAAAAAUGUUUUUUUUUUAAAUAAAUGUCUAACCCCUUCACUCAUGUGCUUCUAACCUUCACAGACUCCAUGAAUUGAUGCCCAUCUCCUAAAUAUUUGGUCACAUGAUCAAUUUCUUUUACCAAUCCCUAGCAACAGGGGGUUGCUCAACUUACCCUUUGGCUCAAUUUACCACACUCUCCCCUAUGCUCAAAGAUUCUCUGCACAGGGUCACCAAGUUUAUUCACAAUAGUCAGUUGUUUUUUUUUUUUUGUUUUGUUUUUUUUUGUAUGUUAUAGUUUUUUUAAAUUUAAAUAUCCGGCAGAAUAAAACAGUAGUAAGCAUAAACAAUAUGUGAAAAUUCUUUAGGUGACUAUAAUUACAGUUCUUGUUUGUGUUGCGGACUUAAAAUGAGGAAGCGAUGUACUUCUGUUGUUACAUUUGUUGGACCGAGCUUUUAUUUUGAAACCCCAAACCAUAUAUAGCACUUCCUGUUUUGAUUGCGGACUGAAACCGCUCAGAAAAGACAACAAUUUCCGCGUUAGUUCUCAACUUUAGCAAGGUUCUCACAACAGUAGGUGUUAAUAAAAAACCUUUACAUGUUACAGAAGUGGCCAUGUUUCGUUAGAAGUAGAGUCAAAUCUAUGUAAUCCGUAAGAAACGGCACGAUAACCUUCAGUCGGUGAACUAGUCUCACUAAUUCUGCAUCAUUUUGUAUUAAUAAGAUUUGUUAUUGAUAGAUUCAGUUAGGUGCCACUUGUAACCAAUAAGAUUUGAGAUUGUUAUGGUGUAAAAACCUUAUUUUAACCAAGUGCCACUCUGCCUUAAGAAUGAAUGGGGUCUGUAUGUAUUAUAGCAACUGUUGUAACACGUAUCCCCAAAUUUAGUAAAUGACAUUUUGUACAAUUACUUUUUAUCAGGGGGUUAGAAAACAAACUCACACAAACUGAUCAGCACAACACUGGCCCAUGCUACAUACUCAAGAGAUAUGAACAAUUACCAACUUCAUUUGGGUAGAAGAAGAAAAAACACUCAAUAACAAUGAACUCUGAAUCCAUUCACUUUUCCCUCCUCCCUCAAAGACAAUAUUAAAGUGCUGUAUCGUGCCCUUAGGUAAUGGACAACAAACCGUGGGCUCUCUUCUCAGAUGUGGGAGGAGAUGGUCUUGUUGAAGAAGUCAUCAGCAUAAUGAAACAACACUUCAACCUCGUCUGCCACAAAGACUUCCUACAGAACCCCCAGCAGAACGGGCCAAAAAUUGAAGCUCUGUUUCUGUGGGGUCCCCUCCCAGCAGCCGAGCCGUCUCUUCUCAGCCUGCUUCCCUCACUGAAGGUGAUUGCCAAUGGAGGAGUGGGCAUUGACCACAUAGAUGUGCCAUAUGUCAACAGUGUGGGAGUGAAGGUUACCAACACACCUGGUGUGGUGAGCGAUGCUACUGCAGAUAUUGCGAUGGGUUUGCUGUUGGCAUCAGCACGAAAGAUUGUUAGGGGUGAGUCAACGUAAGCCAAUAUGUAAAACCACUGGAGUCACUCAAAUAUAUAAUAGUAAGGGCUAAGGUGUCGUGAACAGAUGGUUAUGCAGAUUAGAAUCCUGACAGGGUGAGCAGCACCCUAGCUCUCCUACUUUUGCUUCAAGUUAGGGUCAUGUGCAUGCUUACCAUGUCAGAAUCCUGAUCUGCAUACCCAUCUAUUCACAAGAUAGAUGUUUCUACCACCAUAACCAAUUAAAGGAGUUUUGUGUUUCAAGCUCAUCAAUUAGCCACAGGCCCAGAGACCACUCUCAUAAUGCCAGAACUGAUGGGAACUGAAGUCACCGGGUCGACUCUGGGGAUUAUUGGAAUGGGACACAUUGGCAGCAGAAUUGCUCAGAGAGCUCGAGGCUUUGACAUGAAAAUCCUGUAUCACAACAGGAACAGGAGGUAAUUUCGGCAUUUCAUGUAUGUUUAUGAGAUGGUGGGGAAGGUGGGCUCUCCACAUAAGCAUGUGGAAGGGCAGGGAGCUCUCAGAAUGAAGCCAUAGUUCCAAAUAUACUCUUGCAUGCAAGUAAUUAAUUCUCCUAACAAGCAAAUUGCUGAAUUACAAUUUACAGCGAAGUUCCACCUUUUUUCUGUUCAGGAGCGUUGAAGAUGAGCAGGCAGUGGGGGCGAGUUACUGUAAGAACAUGGACGACCUCCUCCAACAGUCAGAUUUUGUCAUGCUGGCGGUCAAUCUGACCCCUGAAACCACAAACCUGAUCAGUCGCAGAGAGCUGUCCCUCAUGAAACCCACAGCGACACUGGUUAACAUCAGCAGAGGUGAGCAUCAUCGUAGUAAAACAGUUGCUGGACUUAACUUUUCAUUUAUUCUGAAACUCUGAAUCUGUAAUCUUGUUUCUUUUCAUGUUUCAGGAAAGGUUGUGGACCAGAAUGCUUUAGUGGAAGCACUGCAGUCUGGAACGAUUGGCGCUGCAGCAUUAGACGUGACUCACCCUGAACCUUUACCAAGGUUUCACCCACACUCUUUGAACUGAAAUACAUUUCUCAUUGCAGUGAGACUGUUACUUUUGGAGAUAAACUCCACUUACAGUUUGUUUGAUCAGCUUUAUUUUAGAUCAGGUCUUUUUUUCCUGACUUUGUGUCUCAUCUCAAGCCAAACAAAAAGUAAAAUUUCUCUCUUAAACCACAGAAAAAAACAGAGAGACAGAUUAUGUACUGACACUGAAAUUAUUCAGAAUCCUGAGCUCCUCAUACAGAGUGUAAAAUCAAAUGGUACAAGCAUGUUUGAACUUUUGAAAACACAAACAUGACAUUUAGCCGUCCUCUAACAGCUCCUCUUCCUCCUCUGUUGCAGGGAUCAUGCUCUCCUUCGCCUUCCUAACGUGCUCAUCACUCCACAUGUGGGAACACACACCCUCAAUACUACAAAAAAGAUGGUUGAGAAGAUGGUCGAAAACGCUGUGGCUGUAGUGCAAGGUCUCUCUAUUCCCAAUGAAGUCAUACCAAAAUGACUGAACUGACUAUUCCUGGUCUGUCUUUAGCUAUAGGUGCAGAAUCAUAUAUAUUUGUAUAGUCUCACACAUUUGUUGUGAUUGAACAGCUAUUACAUUUUGUGCAUUAAAAUUGUGAAUCUUCAACAAGCAAACUAAAGGAUAACAAAGUUCCCUUCUACUUUGCACUUUGGCAUUUAGUUUUAGUUCCUACCACACAAAUCAAGCAUGUUUCAUCACUUGUGCGCCAUACAAAAUCACAGCAUUGACAAGUCCUAGCUGUAUGGUGAAUGGACUAUGUUUAUAUAGUGCUUUCUUUUGUCCACAUUCACUCACUGAUGGCAAAGGCUGUUAGGCAAAGUGCCAUACUUUUUUUCCCCUUGUUUAUCAUUUAUCCUAUCCACACAUCACUGGACACAGCCGAGCUGGAGCUGGUAUGGAAUAAAUGUCUUGCCCAGUGACCCUUCGGCAUGUGGAGAACUGGACUUAUCACUGAGCCACAGCUGCUCCUUCCCCACAAUCAGUAACCUCCCUGGCAAUGAAUUUGUGAGUUCAGACUGCAGAGUUAAAAUACCUUUUAUAAAUUAUUUACUUUUUGUAUAUGUCAAUCAUGUAAUUCAUUCCUUCACGUCUCUUAUUGGUACAGGGUAAAGUCAUCGCUACUGUUUUGGAUUAUUUCUUACUCUUACGCCAAGAAAAUAAAUGCGUUACACAUUACUGUA